ACAGUAGCUAACUGCUCCUCGAGCCAUAAGGAGGCCCUCGCGCUUUUCUUUCUUUCACCCCAACAGGAUGGAGUCCAUAGGCGCGCGUGGUAUUUCCGUUUGAUCUUUCGAAAAAAAAAAGAAGGAAAGAAAGAAAGAAAGAAAGAAAGAAAGAAAGGAAACCGUAGUCGCGCAACAAAACGAAAGAAAGAAAGAAAGAAUGGCGAACACGGCACAUCUCGUCCGCCGGCAAAGCUCGCGCGACUUAAAGCCCCAGAAGAGUGUGGACAAGCUUGAGAUGAAGGAAAUGAGAGGUAGAUUAGUGGUGGACAAUAGAAAGACUAACACCACUGCCAAUUAUGGGGCCACGAACGCAGCCUUUGAGGACUCCAGUCCUAACAUGAAGAACAAAGCGGGGAACGAGGGUGGGGGUAGCAAGCUCGGGAGUAACGAGGGAAAAGCGAUUUUCCGGCCGGAAGCGGGCGAAGAUGAGAGGGAAAAUUGGGAUAGUAAGCUUACUUUUCUACUAGCAACAGUCGGAUACGCGGUGGGCCUUGGAAACGUGUGGAGAUUCCCUUAUCUCGCUCAGAAGAACGGCGGAGGGGCAUUUUUGAUCCCAUACUUCGUAAUGCUGGCCAUCGAGGGUAUCCCCAUAUUCUAUCUGGAAUUGGCGAUCGGCCAGAGAUUACGGAAGGGAGCUAUCGGCGUGUGGAAUCAGGUUUCUCCGUACAUGGGCGGUAUAGGCGUGAGCAGUGCUGUGGUAUCUUUCAACGUAGCUCUGUAUUACAACACUAUUAUCGCUUGGUGCCUAUUUUACUUCGUUCAAAGUUUUCAAUCGAAGCUACCGUGGGCCGAGUGCCCCAACGUGUACUUCCAAAACGGAUCGUACGCACCCGAGUCGGAGUGUGUGAUAAGCAGCCCGACGCAAUACUUCUGGUAUCGGACGACUUUGAUGAUAUCCGAGGACAUCAACAGCCCAGAGAUAUUCAAUUGGAAGAUCGCUCUGGCUCUGGUGAUCGCGUGGAUCCUCGUCUACAUGUGCAUGAUCAAGGGAAUCGCUUCAUCAGGGAAGGUCGUGUACGUGACCGCCACAUUUCCGUACAUCGUUCUGAUCAUUUUCUUCUUUCGCGGCGUCACUCUGACAGGGAUGUCCGAUGGGCUACGUCACCUUUUCACCCCAAAGUGGUGGAAGUUGACCGAUCCAGUGGUAUGGCUGGAAGCGGGCACGCAGAUAUUCUUCUCCCUCGGUUUGGCGUUCGGCGGUUUGAUAGCCUUCUCCUCUUACAAUCCUGUGAACAACAAUUGCUACCGAGACGCGAUAAUGGUCAGUUUAACCAACUGUUUCACUUCCAUGUUCGCCGGCAUUGUUGUGUUUUCUAUUAUUGGUUUCAAAGCGACCAUGGUCUACGAGCACUGUUUAACCGAAAGGAAUGCGACCCUGUUCAAUAUAUUUGGCCAAUUGGAUAAGAUACCCGAGGAAAUACCAGCGAGUGGUACACUUUUGAACGUCACCACUGGAAACGGGACGUUGGACAGCUUGAUCAUGCCGGAAUUGCCCGAAUGCGACCUCGAAAAAGAAUUAGACAACUCGGCAUCGGGGACUGGGCUGGCGUUCAUCAUAUUCACGGAAGCGAUCAAUCAAUUUCCCGGCGCUCAAUUCUGGUCCGUGUUAUUCUUCCUCAUGCUGUUCACCCUGGGAAUCGAUUCUCAAUUCGGCACGCUGGAAGGGGUGGUCACGAGCAUCGUCGACAUGAAACUGUUCCCGAAUUUGCGCAAAGAAAUUCUCACAGGCGGGAUUUGCUUGCUUUGCUGCGCGAUCUCGAUGGCGUUCGCUCACGGUGCUGGAAGCUACGUCUUCGUGUUGUUCGAUAAUUUUAGUGGAAACUUUCCCCUGUUGAUCAUCGCGUUCUUCGAAUGCAUCGCAGUGUCCUACGUGUACGGGUUGAAAAGAUUCGCGGACGACAUCGAACUGAUGACCGGCAACCGUCCAGGCCUUUAUUGGCUGAUAUGUUGGAAGUACUUGAGCCCGAUGGCUAUGCUGAGCAUCUUGAUCGCCUCGAUCGUCGAGAUCAUCGUGGAUGGGAGUGGUUAUCCAGCUUGGGUUGCCAGCAAGGGCAUCACGGAGAAACACGAGUGGCCCGUUUGGGCGUUGGGCCUCAUUGGUAUCCUCAUCCUCGCCUCCGUUCUUUGGAUUCCCGCCGUUGCAAUUUGCAGACUUUUCGGGAUACUGAUAAUCGAGGAUAACGAGAAAGCGUGGUUCCCCGCUGCCGAUCUGAAAGAGUUUCACGGAAUAGUGCCCCACGAGGUGACAUCUGCGGAAACGUUGCUGUUCUGCAUAAGGAGCGACGGCUCGGAGGGCCUGUGUUGCCCGACCGGGGGCCCCAGCGACGACGACGACGAGGAUCUCACCUAGGAAUGGUUGUCCUCUCACGCGUUCGAUUAACGUGCGUUCAAAAUGGUUCGCGAGGCCGAGGAACAGCAUUUUUUUCACACCGUGCCGUGGAAAGACGACUCGUAUCCGUCGUAUUCUUCGUUUUCCAUUUAAGCGCCGCAUUACUCUUUAUUUUUAGAGCGCACAUAUAUCUAUAUAGAAGAAGGGUACAUCGUGUCAAUUAAUACGAUCGAAAAUGUUUGUAUAAUAAUUCGAUCUACGCGUACGACGACGAGAUUCGUUUGAGGGAAAGGAAGACAGAACGUUGAAUUGAAGGGAGAAGGGACAGGGGGUAAUUGUUUAUUUCAUCUUUUCUUUUAGACGUGAUCUCUCUCUCUCUGUCUGUCUGUCUGCUGUUUUUCGAGUCUCUGAAUCAUUUAAUAUACGCGCGAAUGUCAAUAUUCCGAUUGGGAAAACGUUUUCAAAUUUUUGAGAAGAGAGUAUAAGUGAGUAUAAGUAAAAAAGAAGAAGAAAAGAAACUGCAAGUUGCACCAAGUUCGAGGCAAACUUAGUUUUUUCGCUUUCCUCGCGAAGAUAUGCGAUGCAUCCCGAUGCCGUUUAUGCGAGAUAUAUUUUAUCGUUAUUCGAUUCGUUUCUAUAUAAUAUUUUGCGCGGAGAAGCAUUGGAAAUUUUAUCUUUUAUACAUUGUGAUAAUGUUAGAAAGGAACGAUUGAAUAUAGAAGAGGGGAGGAAGAAAGUGAUGAAUGGAAGAAGGGGAAGUGAAGAAUGAUACGAAAUAUUAUGAUUUGUUAGGAGAUGUAUCGUGUAUUUCAAAGACUAUGUAACCAUAUAACGCGCAAUCAUUCUAGCAUUUACAUACAGUUGCAUUCUUAAAAGACAUGUUGAAAUCCUGCAACGACAGAAUUGCAGAUGAUCAUGAUAAAAUAGGAUAACCAAUAAGUUAAAGUUUAGACUCGAAAUAAAAACUUUUACCGCUUAGCAAAAAUUGCAAGUAACGUGAGAAACCUAAGAUUAGUUGUAGGAGCCGUCCAAUGGCCGUAAAGGAAGAAAAAAGGAAAAAAAAAAAAAAAAAAGAACAAAAAAAUGGGGACGAUCCCGAAUUUUAUUCCACUUUUUUUUAUUAUCUUUUUCUUUCUUUUUUUUUUUAUUAUUAUUUUAAAACACCGAUUGAUUCUCUGAUUGUGCUCUUAUUAUCGUCGCGAAAUUAUAAUAUUAUACAAAGAUCUGAUCGAUUGUUUGAAAUUUCGAGAGAACGUAUCCAAAAAAAAAAAGAAAAAAAAAAAAGAAGAAAAAACAGAAAAAAAAAGGGAGAGAAGAAGGAGCAAUCCGAUCAAGAAUCAUAUCAAUGAUCUCGUUCCGCAAAAACGAUGUGAUCAAGUGUGAUGCAUUCGAAUAGUUGAAAUUAGCCCCAUCCCUAGCUCUCUUAUUAUUAAAUCGAGUAUCAAUUAUUAUACUUUAGCUAUACAUAUACAUACAUAUCUCACGUGUCGAAUUUAUAGAAUUUCUUUCUAAAUCGAGAGUGAAGAAAAGGUAAAAAGAACGAGAGAAGAGGAGGUAGUAAUAAAAUAAUUCGAAAUGGUGAACUAAAGUAUCGAGGGAAGAGGUUAAAAAAAAAAAAGAAAAAAAAAA